AUGGUGUCAGCAAUUACAGAAAACCUGCAGGAGCAGUACACCAUAGAUGAGAAAAUUGUUGAAGAGGCUGCCCUGAACGACCCAGCAUGUCAGCUACUAGUUGCUAGAGUGACUGCAGGGGACUGGAACCCGAAGAAAUCCCAAGAAAUUGCAUGUUUGAGGCCCUUCUACGGCGUCAGGGAAUGUUUAUCUACAUCUGGCAACCUGGUCACAUACUGUUUCAAUGACAGCUGCAUCCACCUUGUCAUCCCUGGAGGGCUCCACCAUCAGGUAACCGCCAACCUUCAUACUGGACAUCAAGGCCUAGAUAUAAUGUUGAGAAGAGCGAGACAUUCAGUCUAUUGGCCGGGCAUCGAGGGUGAGCUCCGGCGUCAUCGUUCACAGUGUACAUCACGUGACGCCCACUCACCAUCACUGCCUGCCGAAGUCAUGAAGAUGACCCCUGCCCCAGAGUAUCCAUUCCAACAGACUGUCAUGGACCUGUUUCAGCUUGAAGGACUCACGUACAUGGCAUACUGCGACAGGCUUACAGGCUGGCUAGAAAUAGCCCACUUCCCUAAUGGCACCUCAUCUGCAAAGGUCAUGACAAAACUCAGGAAUUACUUAGCUCAAUGGGGAGCACCUGAUGGAGAGUUGACAUACGCCCAUCAUCUGCCCACUACCCACAGUCAAAUGGGAGGGCCGAGGCUGUGGUUAAGUCCACAAAGAGGAUAA